AGUGGACACCAAGGGAUGAACAUGGAGUGGCAAACGACACCGCCAAGCCCAAGUUCCUAUACCGUUAAGAAGAUAUUGCGCUUGGACAUUCCUGCAGAUACUUUUCCUAAUUUCAAUUUUGUGGGACGACUUCUAGGUCCUAGGGGCAAUUCACUAAAGCGAGUGGAAGCUUCGACUGGUUGUCGUGUUUAUAUAAGAGGGAAAGGUUCUAUAAAAGAUCCAGACAAGGAGGAGUCUUUAAGAGGAAGACCAGGCUAUGAGCAUCUAAAUGAUCCCUUGCAUGUUUUGAUUGAGGCUGAAUUGCCAGCAAAUAUUGUCGAUAUACGGUUGAGACAAGCACAAGACAUCAUAGAAGAACUUCUUAAACCUGUGGAUGAAUCGCAUGAUUUCUAUAAAAGGCAACAGUUGAGAGAACUAGCAAUGCUAAAUUCCAAUCUGAGAGAAGAGAGCCCUUGACCAAGCGGUAGUGUCUCUCCUCUUAUAACUUCAAGCGGGAUGAAGCACGCCAAAGCGGAUUUAUAAAAUUCACUUAAAUUGAUCUCACUGGUGUCGCCCUACUCAGCUCAAACAUUCUUGCCCUGAUAAUGCCCUCCUUAUAUCUCUAAUCUUCAUAGCAGCAAAAGAUAGGAGAGCUCAGUGAUGGAAUAGAAUGGUGAGCUUUUCAGUGCAUGAUUUGUUCCUUCCCUAACAUUAUUAACAUACAACAAUUUACAAGGGAAAUCAGAAAUUCAUUUAUUACAGCUUAUAUGGUUCUUAUGCUUAUUGUUGUAGAAAUAUAUAGUUUCCUCCAUGUUGAACAUUAUUUUGUUAAGACUUAUC